AUAAGAAAGUACAUAGACUUUUCUUAAAAUGAAAGAUAUCACAAUUGAAGUUCAAAUAAAACAGUUGCGUGAUAUACUUCAGAAUAUCAAAAACAUAAUUCCAGAUGAAAAGAAGCAGUUCGGAGAAAACUUACAUGGGUUUGGUCCAUGUUUGAUGCACACAGAACAAAUUAAGGCCAUGGAAAUUAUUGGAAUACUUCGCAAUAAAUACAAAAGUUUUCUAGGAAUAAGUAACCCACAGUUAGCAAUGAAGCUUGUUGCUGAGAAACAAGCUUUAUCUAACAUAUGUGUUCCAGUUUCCAACAUGCUUCACAAAGCAAUCAAUGAUAUUUUGAAAAAAACAAGAGAUUCAUCUUUGGAUAUUGCGCUUCAUAAACUUGAGUCAAUUGCAAUAAAUGAAGGGUUGGCAUGUGAAAUAUCAAAUAAUGACUUUUUUAUCAGUUCAGAAAUGUUUUAUGUUGAGGUAAAAUUAAAUCAUUCUGGGGAGGCUGAAUAUGUUAACAUACACAAUCACAUGGGUGAGCUGAAGCCAUGCAAAGAGCUUGUAAACUGUCUCAAAAAAAAAGACUAUGAUGAUUUUCUCAACCAUUUGCGAGGUUUAAAAGAAAUCUACGCACUUGUUGGUGACAGCAGUACAAAGGCCAAGAUUGUGUCUGCUGUUGGUUCAUUAGAAGAAGAUUUGUUAACUAUCAUGAAUUCUGAUAGCUCAAUUAAAAAUCAAUUUGAUUGCAUAAUGAGAGGACCAGUUGGCUGUAUUAUUCCAGCAGUAGGAGGAAAAUGCCUUCAAUCGGUUUUUUUUAUGGAUCCUUUGAUGUCAGUAAAUUUUAAGAGUGACAACUAUCAAGGGUUGGAUAUGACAAAAGGUUGUUGUUCUGCUGUUUUAUCUGCACAGUCAACUGAACAAAAUCUUCUUCCCACAUCCUCUGUUUUAAUGGUUGAAAAUAACAACAUUCAAUAUCAAAAUGAGCAGUUUUGGACAGUAGAAUCACUUCCAGCAACAUUUGUGCUUAAAUUGUUAAAACCAUUACCUGCAUCUAUACGAGUAGCAAAAUUAAUUCAUAACAUAAUAAAGAAAGAUAAAGAUGGAUUGUUUGUUCACAAUAGCAAAAUAAAGUUUGAUCAGCUUCUUUUGAAAGAGACUUGUGGAGAAAUGAAAGAUGUGUUACAUUGUUGUGCGUUGCCAGAUUUUUCUCAGAAAUUUGAAUGGGUACCAUCUGAUGAAAAUGAUGGUCUCCUUUUGUCUCUAAUUCCUUUUACAAAACCUAAUCAGAUAAUAAGUAUUAUUAAGGUGCUCAGAUUUCAAGCUAUAUACAAUCAUAUAUUUACCAGUUUUCUAUGUGGUGCUCCUACUAAAAAAGAAAGCAAUGAUAUAUUUGUAAGUGUAAGUGCAUCUGAUUGGAACACGAUAAGAGUUUCAUUUUUAUAUAAUGUGGAUUCAUCUUUAGCCUCAGUUGACAUUACAAUUUCAAUGGAAGGUACAGUUGAUUGUACGUUAAAUGUACUUCCUGGCUCUCCUAAUGUUUGUACAAAUGUAUACCUGACAAAAAUACUCAAUAAAUGUUUAUCAUUGCCACUUCUAAUGAGAAGUUUAUUUAAAAAAGUAGCUUCUUACAAACCAGAACAUUUAGUGGAGAAGCCACCACCUGAGAAAAAAGCUCAGCGACCUAAAAAGUUAUUAAUGCCAAACUUAUCACAAAUUCAAUCUGAACUUCCACUAGUUUCGCCUCAUAUAAACUCACCAUCAAAUUUUUUAAAUUUUUCUGGGUCAGUGUCUUCUGCUGGAAUUUCUCCACACACUCCUCUGUUUCCUUUUGAUGGGCAAAGAGGAGUUUCUCAAAAAAAAACAUUUUCUAUGAAUUCAAUUGGUACUCCUGUUUCACUCGGUACACCAAACAGUGAUGGUAGCGGAACUCCAAAUAAACUCAAGCUUCCGAAAAUUACAUUAAAACGAAAAAGGAACAAUGAUUCUGAAAUAUAUGAAAUAGAUCAGACAAAAACAAUUAUAGAUCAAGAUUGCUCAAUUUCUAAUCAAUCAAACGAUGAGUCAAUGUCAUAUGUUUACCCUCCAUUUGACAGUAUUAACUACAUUAAAGUACCCUCUCUAUUUCCAGAGCAAGUAAGUUUUCCUGACAUACCAAUCGAUAGUGAUACAGAUAUUGAAGGAUUGUUUGGAAUUUCUUCAUUUUCAGUUGAAAGUCAAGGUUCUACACAUGUCCCAGCAUUCGACUUAGAUACUAUCACAUCUGGACUUAAUUCUAAUUUUGAACAACAUCUUUCUGCUUCUGCAAUAGACCCAUCGUCAUUAAUCGGAAGCUCCUCAGGUUUUCAUUUAGAUGGCAUAAUCGAUAUCGACAGUCUGAUGAGUGUAGAUACUUAGAUUUUUAUGACGGUAUUGUUUACAGAGAAAAAAAUCUAUUAAAUAUCAAA